CACUCCCUCCAGUUAUUUUCUUAUGUUCACGAGCCUUCUAGACUUAAAUACCCUAGGCAGUCGUCGACACGGGUGUGUACGGAUCGACGUUAGUUGCCGCUGAAUUUUACCAACAGUCCAGCGAUUCUUGGCAGAAUGAACAUCGGGGAGAUAAUCGAUUUCACGACGCUUGAUGCGGAUAUUCAAGAGCUGAUAAGGGAGAGCGCACUGGUACGCGAGAAUUCGUAUUCACCAUACAGCAAAUUCAAGGUCGGCGCAGCAUUACGAUGCAUUGACGGCAGCAUUUCGCGGGGCUGCAACGUGGAGAAUUCCUCCUUUCCGGCAGGUGUGUGCGCCGAAAGUACGGCGAUCGUAAAGGCCGUGUCGGAGGGGAAAAGAAAAUUCACAGCGUUGGCUGUAAUCGCCGAGAAGCAGAACAGUACCACGUUCACCACACCGUGCGGAGUGUGCAGACAGGUCAUCGCCGAGUUCGGUAACAUACCCAUUUAUUUGGCGAGAACCGAUAUGAAACAAGUUCUGCGAACUAGGACGGAUGAAUUAUUCCCAUCGCCGCCGUUCGACACAAACAGCACUUUGUAAUUUAUUUCCAUUCGGUGAUAAUGUUCAGAGGCUAUAACAAAAAUGCGCUGGAUUUUUCCAACAAUGUAUUUUAUUCAAACAUUUGUUGAGAGGACUGAAUGUAGACUUUUGUUAUUUAUUUUAUAACUCAAUAUCUCAAGCUUUAUUUCAAUGGAUUCAAGAUGGAAACGAUGCAAAAGUAUUAUUUACAACAAUAUAAUAGAUAUAUUCCUGCAACGGAUAAAUUUUUUGCAAUUUAUAAAACGAUCACUAGACGUAACACUGAAAAAAAAAGUAAUUGCACCGUAAUCUAGCUUUAAAAAAAAUUAUGAAUGCAUAAGACGUCAACUAAAGAUCUGUAAUGUAUAUGAUGUUGCUAAUCUGUACAUCUAUUUACUAUGAUUGUGAUCGUUAUUCUAUACAUACAAACCAACAAUAAUACAUUAUAUAUAUGUACACAUCAUACGAUUAUCAUAAAGUUAAACGUAAAUAAUAAUUUUGUAAGACUAUAAAUGCAAAAGCUGGUAAUUGCAUAAGUACUUCAUCUUGGCUUCACCUCGGUGAGAUGAUUUAUCUCACUUUUACCAAAAUGGACACCUGUAAUAUAA